GGAGGAAGCCGAAGGGGCUCGGUGCGUGUGUGUGCAUGUGUGCAUGCGUGUGUGAGUGUAUGUGUCUGAGUGCCGCCGCUGCCCAGGACCCCUCGCCCCGAAGGUGUUGGCUGAAAUAUGGAGAAUAGUCUUGGAUGUGUUUGGGUACCCAAGCUGGCUUUUGUACUCUUCGGAGCUUCCCUGCUCAGCGCGCAUCUUCAAGUCGCCGGUUUCCAAAUUAAAGCUUUCACGUCCCUGCACUUCCUGUCAGAACCUUCUGAUGCUGUCACAAUGCGGGGAGGAAAUGUCCUUCUAAACUGCUCUGCAGAGUCCGACCGAGGAGUUCCAGUUAUCAAGUGGAAGAAAGAUGGCAUCCACCUACCCUUGGGAACAGAUGAAAGGAAGCAGCAACUUCCAAAUGGGUCUCUGUUGAUACAAAACAUACUUCAUUCCAGACACCAUAAGCCAGAUGAGGGAGUUUACCAAUGUGAGGCAUCUUUGGGAGAUUCUGGGUCAAUUAUUAGUCGCACAGCAAAAGUUGCAGUAGCAGGACCACUAAGGUUCCUUUCCCAGACAGAGUCUGUGACAGCCUUCAUGGGAGACACAGUGCUACUCAAGUGUGAAGUCAUUGGGGAGCCUAUGCCAACAAUACACUGGCAGAGAAAUCAACAAGACCUUACCCCAAUACCCGGAGACUCCCGAGUGGCGGUCUUGCCCUCUGGAUCACUGCAGAUCAGCCGACUUCAAGCAGGGGACAUUGGGAUCUAUCGAUGCUCCGCUCGGAAUCCAGCCAGCUCAAGGAUAGGAAAUGAAGCAGAAGUCAGAAUUUUGUCAGAUCCAGGACUGCACAGACAGCUAUAUUUUCUGCAGAGACCAUCCAAUGUUGUAGCCGUUGAGGGGAAAGAUGCUGUCCUGGAGUGUUGUGUCUCUGGCUAUCCUCCGCCAAGUUUUACCUGGUUACGAGGAGAGGAAGUUGUCCAACUCAGGUCUAAAAAGUAUUCUCUAUUGGGUGGAAGCAACUUGCUUAUCUCCAAUGUGACAGAUGAUGACAGUGGAACUUACACCUGUGUUGUCACCUAUAAGAAUGAGAAUAUCAGUGCCUCUGCAGAGCUCACAGUCUUGGUUCCACCAUGGUUUUUAAAUCACCCUUCCAACCUCUAUGCCUAUGAAAGCAUGGAUAUUGAGUUUGAAUGUUCAGUCUCUGGAAAGCCUGUGCCCACUGUGAAUUGGAUGAAGAAUGGAGAUGUGGUCAUUCCUAGUGAUUAUUUUCAGAUAGUGGGAGGAAGCAACUUGCGGAUCCUGGGGGUUGUAAAGUCAGAUGAAGGCUUUUAUCAGUGUGUGGCUGAAAAUGAAGCUGGCAAUGCCCAAACCAGUGCACAGCUCAUUGUCCCUAAGCCAGCUGUCCUCAGCUCCAGCGUCCUCCCUUCUGCUCCCAGAGACGUGGUCCCUGUCCUGGUUUCCAGUCGAUUUGUCCGUCUCAGCUGGCGACCACCUGCAGAACCAAAAGGAAAUAUUCAAACCUUCACAGUCUUUUUCUCCAGAGAGGGUGACAACAGGGAACGAGCAUUGAAUACAACCCAGCCUGGGUCCCUUCAGCUUACUGUGGGAAACCUGAAACCAGAAGCCAUGUACACCUUCCGAGUUGUUGCCUACAACGAGUGGGGACCGGGGGAGAGUUCUCAACCAAUCAAGGUGGCCACUCAGCCUGAAUUGCAAGUUCCAGGCCCAGUAGAAAACCUGCAAGCUGUAUCUACCUCACCUACCUCAAUUCUGAUUACCUGGGAACCCCCUGCCUAUGCAAAUGGUCCAGUCCAAGGUUACAGAUUGUUCUGCACUGAGGCAUCUACAGGGAAAGAACAGAAUAUAGAAGUUGAUGGACUGUCUUAUAAACUGGAAGGACUGAAAAAAUUCACGGAAUAUACUCUUCGAUUCUUAGCUUAUAAUCGCUAUGGGCCAGGAGUAUCUACUGAUGAUAUAACAGUAGUUACACUUUCUGAUGUGCCAAGUGCCCCGCCCCAGAACAUCUCCCUGGAAGUGGUUAACUCAAGGAGUAUCAAAGUAAGCUGGCUUCCUCCUCCAUCAGGAACACAAAAUGGAUUUAUUACUGGCUAUAAAAUUCGACACAGAAAGACAACCCGCAGGGGUGAGAUGGAAACACUGGAGCCAAACAACCUCUGGUACCUAUUCACAGGGCUGGAGAAGGGAAGUCAAUACAGUUUCCAAGUGUCAGCCAUGACUGUCAACGGCACUGGGCCACCUUCCAACUGGUACACAGCAGAGACCCCAGAGAACGAUCUAGAUGAGUCUCAAGUGCCCGACCAGCCAAGCUCUCUUCAUGUGAGGCCCCAGACCAACUGCAUCAUCAUGAGCUGGACCCCACCCUUGAACCCGAACAUUGUGGUGCGAGGUUACAUCAUUGGGUAUGGCGUUGGUAGUCCUUACGCUGAGACGGUGCGUGUGGACAGUAAGCAGCGAUAUUAUUCCAUUGAGAGGUUAGAGUCAAGUUCCCAUUAUGUAAUCUCCCUAAAAGCUUUUAACAAUGCAGGAGAAGGCGUUCCUCUGUAUGAAAGUGCCACCACCAGAUCUAUAACAGAUCCCACUGACCCAGUUGACUAUUACCCUUUGCUUGAUGAUUUCCCCACCUCCGUCCCAGAUCUCUCCACCCCCAUGCUCCCACCAGUAGGUGUGCAAGCUGUGGCUCUUACUCAUGAGGCUGUGAGGGUCAGCUGGGCAGACAACUCUGUCCCUAAAAACCAAAAAUCAUCUGAAGUACGGCUGUACACCGUCCGGUGGAGGACCAGCUUUUCUGCCAGUGCCAAGUACAAGUCAGAAGACACAACUUCUCUCAGCUACACAGCAACAGGCCUCAAACCAAACACAAUGUAUGAGUUCUCAGUCAUGGUAACAAAAAACAGAAGGUCCAGCACAUGGAGCAUGACUGCACAUGCCACCACAUAUGAAGCAGCCCCAACCUCUGCUCCCAAGGAUUUGACCGUCAUUACUCGGGAAGGGAAGCCUCGUACUGUCAUUGUGAGCUGGCAGCCUCCCUUGGAAGCUAAUGGUAAAAUCACUGCUUACAUUUUGUUUUAUACCUUGGAUAAGAACAUACCAAUUGAUGACUGGAUUAUGGAAACAAUCAGUGGCGAUCGGCUUACUCAUCAAAUUAUGGAUCUCAACCUUGAUACAAUGUAUUACUUUCGAAUUCAAGCUCGAAAUGCAAAAGGAGUUGGGCCCCUCUCUGAUCCCAUCCUCUUCAGGACUCUGAAAGUGGAACACCCUGACAAAAUGGCUAAUGACCAAGGUCGUCAUGGAGAUGGAGGUUAUUGGCCAGUUGAUACAAAUUUAAUUGAUAGAAGCACUCUCAAUGAGCCACCCAUUGGACAGAUGCACCCUCCACAUGGCAGUGUCACACCUCAGAAGAAUAGCAACCUCCUUGUGAUCAUUGUGGUCACUGUUGGUGUCAUCACAGUGCUUGCUAUAGUGAUCGUGGCAGUUAUUUGCAGCCGGCGCUCUUCAGCUCAACAGAGAAAGAAACGGGCCACUCACAGUGUGGGCAAAAGGAAGGGCAGCCAGAAGGACCUCCGACCCCCUGAUCUUUGGAUCCAUCAUGAAGAAAUGGAGAUGAAAAAUAUUGAGAAGCCAUCAGGCACUGACCCUGCAGGAAGGGACUCCCCCAUCCAAAGUUGCCAAGACCUCACGCCAGUCAGUCACAGCCAGUCAGAAACCCAACUGGGGAGUAAAAGCACUUCUCAUUCUGGUCAAGACACUGAGGAAGCAGGGAGCUCCAUGUCCACACUGGAGAGGUCACUGGCUGCACGCAGAGCCACUCGCGCUAAGCUCAUGAUUCCGAUGGAGGCCCAGGCCAACAAUCCAGCUGUUGUGAGUGCCAUCCCAGUGCCAACCCUAGAAAGUGCUCAGUACCCUGGAAUCCUCCCGUCUCCUACAUGUGGAUACCCCCACCCACAGUUCACUCUCCGGCCUGUACCAUUCCCAACAUUGUCAGUGGACCGAGGUUUCGGAUCAGGAAGAAGUCAGUCAGUGAGUGAAGGACCAACCACCCAACAAGCAUCCAUGCUGCCCCCAGCCCAGCCUGAGCAUCCCAGCAGUGAGGAGGCGCCAAGCAGAACCAUCCCCACAGCAUGUGUUCGACCAACUCAUCCACUCCGCAGCUUUGCUAACCCUUUGCUACCUCCACCAAUGGGUGCAAUAGAACCGAAAGUCCCUUACACACCACUUUUGUCUCAGCCAGGACCCACUCUUCCCAAGUCUCAUGUUAAAACAGCUUCUCUCGGGCUGGCUGGAAAAGCGAGAUCCCCUCUGCUUCCCGUGUCUGUGCCAACAGCCCCUGAAGUGUCUGAGGAGAACCACAAACCAACAGAGGAUGCAGCCAACGUGUAUGAACAGGAUGAUUUGAGUGAACAAAUGGCAAGUUUGGAAGGGCUAAUGAAGCAACUUAAUGCCAUCACGGGCUCGGCGUUUUAAUGUACAUUGCUGAAUUUAUGAAGCGAAUUUUCUGGGAGCUUUGCAGCACACCAGUCACCCAUAAACAGCACGACUGUGUCCAAGAACUCUAACCGAUGUACAGGUCAUCAUUAGGAUCAUACAGUGAAGGAAGAUCCUGAAGCAGUUCAGAAGGAGUACACAUCCCUUCCUUCAUAGGCAUCAGGAAUCAUAAAUGGAAACUAUGAGGUCGCUAAACGGAAGCAAGAUACAUCUUUCCUGCAAAGUCAAAGCUGAAGCUGCUAGAAUAGCCCUGGGUCUUUGUGCCUGCAGAGACCACACUGUUGUAACUAAUGCCGAUGUUUUCUUUCAUCAAGGCCUGUCGUUUUAUGUGAAGGUCUAGUCUUACAAAAUACAAGUGCAUUCUUUAAGCCUGUACCAUGCCAUGGCAAAUCAUUGCAAGCUUACUAUUUUGUUUUCCACUUUAAAGUGCAAAGCACCCAUGGAAAUUCUCUCACUCCAUAGCACCAAAAGAUUGGAUGUUUGCCCGCACAGCACAAAAGUAAAUAAAUAAACAAAAGACAGCAAAUACUUAUGUUUUAAUUUAAUCAUUCAUCUUGCACAAGUGGCAGAUAUUAGCAGGUGGUGGUGAACUUCACCGAUUUUAACAAGGGUAAAUCCACCCUUGGUUAACAUUUAUGUCUGAAGUAUAGGAACAUAAAAAUCUGCAAAGGGUGCCAUCCUGCCAGCAGCAGCAUAUUUCUAGAAAGAGCAUACAAUAUGCGAUCUUCUCAGACACACAGUAAUUAUGUGCUUAAGCUUGUAAUAGGACACUUUUCAAUUUGGGAGGCUUUUAUGCCAUAUGCACUGUGAUGAUAUUUCAAAGCUUCACCAAGGCAUCUUCAGGAGUCUGGCUGGGAGACUUUCUCCUGCCCCUCCAUCCUAUCCCUCCCUGAUUUCUCCUUGGCAACUAGCCAAAGGAAAAUUGGCCAGUUCCACAUAUCACAUGGAUUUCUGGCCAAUGUCUCUUGUGUCCCCUUGUGGAAGUGGAAGACUUCCUCCUGAAAGCAGCCCCUAAAGAGGGGAAGGAUCAUAAGAGGCACUUUUCAAGAGUACUUUCUCUUGGGUGAUGCCACUUCCACCUGCAGCAUCCUGAAUUAUGCCAGGCAACACUGACAAAUGUUAACCACCAGGUCUUGUUGCCAAGGCAACUUUGCAUCCAUCCCAUGCCUGUGCCAGAUUUGGGGAGCAGAGAAGUGGAUCCCACUUGACACUUCUGACAUAUGGUAAAUCCAGUGGGUACUUUACAUAGUCUUAAACUGUGGGCUAGAAUUUUAAACUUCUAUUGCCAUAUUAUGUAAAGCUUGUACCUAGCUGAAAUUAAGAACAUUUUGUGUUCACUCUUUUAGUUUCUGAAUUUUCAGCUGCAUUUGGAGUUAAUCCCUGUUUAUGCAGCCAAGUCGCCAAAAGGGAGGUAGUUUGCAUAUUUAUCAGUUAGGUGACUUGAAAACCCAAUGAGAGCAUUUCAGCUGAAUUAUUCCUUUCAGCUCUGCCUUUGAUUUCAAGCUUGAGUAGGUCAUAAUUUUAAAAUAGCAUGGGAAGGAUAGGAUCUUUACAACCUAAUAGCUCCUUUUAUUAGGUGGGUAAUUAUAUAUGAAUCCCUGAAUGAAAUAUUUUGAGCAAAAUGGCACUGUAACAGAAGUAAUAAUUCAGAUUAUUUUUUUACAGUUUUAUGUCUGGAAGGAAAUCUGAUGUCAAAGAGAGGGCUUGUUCAAAUGGUUCAUUAGAAAGUCUGGUCCAUUUGGAAAAUUGUUCCUUCAACAAGAGUGCUUGUUCAAUUUACUAAGGUUUUCUGGAAGUCCUUCCCAACAGCUAUGUGAUGUUAUUCGAUGGGCAGAUUCCUCUUGUUCAAUAUCAGGGCAAUUAGGUAGACAACCUUCUACUGACCUGAAAUGAGGUAUUUCUAACAUGGUAUCAGAUAUUUCAGUAUCAAUAAUUCAUUUGUUCAAAACAGAAAAUGUUCACUAGGCUAGCCUAACUUUCAAGUCCCUACAGAGGCCUACCAAAAUAUUCACAAAAAUAUUCACGAACAAGGAAUAUUCUCUGAAGGCAUUUGACACCCUUGGGGUCAUGCUGGUACUCCAUUAGGAAUGGUCUACAAAUCUCAGAUUUCAUGGAAAAAGUUGCAGGGUCAGUCUGUUCAGUAGAAUCAAAAGAAAUAGCAUAUUCACAAAACUAGGGACCCCUCUAGUCAAAGCCAACUAUUUUAGGAAGUGAGACUUUCUUUUUAAAACCCAUUAAAAGUUUGCUACAUGUCUACAAUGAGAGUUAUAGUUCCAUUACAUGCUCUUAAAACUUCUUCAUUAAAUACAGUGGUUUCUUUUAGCAAUGGGCAAUGCUAAGAAGUCCCAUUGCCAUACCUUGAAUAUAAAAUAGGGCUCAUUUAAAUAUCCUCAGGAGACUUUCAUGUCAUUUACCUGGUGAUUUUAACAUGCAACAAAUUCACCGCAACUUCUAUAUAACUCUGCUCCUUACUCCUUCAAAUGGCUCACAGGUGUACAAUUACCCUGCCCAAGUUUUCAGGUAACUUUUUAAUUUUCUGGUCUCCUGAUCUCUUGACAAGGAUGUGUCUGUGAACUCCCUGAGAGCGCCUCUGUGUCGUUCUCAGUCUAGUUCAUGGCAUGCAGGGUUCUUUACGCUCAUAAAUCUCUCUCACUCCCAUUGGGCAAAGCUUGAUAGCCAACCAGGAGCUCUGACCCCAGGACUCAUUUCUUCCCAAGAAAGAAGAAAAUGAGACUUGGCGGGGCAUGGUAAGACCUUUCUGACAGUAAGCUCAACUAUCAGACAGGAGCCUCCUUUUGAAAAAGUUUGAUAUUUUCCUCUGUAUUUCAUUCUGAUAAGAAAGCUAUUUUCAUCCCUCCAUAAAAUCCUGCACUUAUUAAACUCACAAAACUGUGGUACACAUGUAAUCCUAGCCCUUGGAAGCUGAGACCAUAAGUUCAAGGCCAACCUGGGCUACUUAUUGUGGUCAAGUCUAGCCUGAAUUAUAUCUCAAGGCUGUAUCUCAAAACAAAACAUAAAAGCUUUAGGUGCCAAGUAUUAUAUUUCAAAGUUAUUUCUUAGCCAGACAUAGUGGCACAUGCCUCUAAGCCCAGGACUCAGGAGGCUGAGGCAGGAGGAUUACUAGGAGUUCGAGGCCAGCCUGGGCCAGAUAGUAAAGACCAGCCUGAACUACAUAGUGAGACCCUGUCUCAAAAAAAAAAAAA